UAUACGAAAGAUCUGAUUGGCCAAAAGAAAAAUAUCAAGAAUUAUUCAAAAACGAUACUAUCUCCAUCAUUGGAUAUGGCCCACAAGGGAGUGGACAAAGUUUGAAUGCAAGAGACAAUGGACUAAAUGUAAUCGUUGGUGUCAGGGAAAACGGCAGAAGUUGGAACGAAGCAAAGAAAGACGGUUGGGAACCCGGAAAGAAUCUUUUCCCGAUUGAUGAAGCUCUUGCGAAAGGAACAAUUAUUUGUAACCUACUCUCUGAUGCAGCUCAAAAGGAACUUUGGCCCAAAUUUGUUCCACAUUUGAAAAAGGGAAAAACAUUAUAUUUUUCCCACGGCUUCUCGGUUGUCUACAAGGAUGACACUCAUGUCGUUCCACCAACAGAUAUUGACGUGAUCUUGGUGGCACCUAAAGGCUCAGGAAGAACCGUUCGUUCUCUAUUUCUUGAUGGUCGUGGUAUAAACUCCUCUUUUGCUAUAUUUCAGGACGUAUCUGGAAAAGCUAAGGACAAAGCAGUAGCUCUUGGU